CAGCACCGGCACGAUCCAGAUCGUGCAUCCGGAAACAGCAGCGGCCAGGCAUUUGGCAUCAGUCCCUCGAAGCCCUCUGUCGACUCCGCGACCAAGCGCCCGAGCCUGUCUCUGCCAGAUCGCCCACAAGCUCUCGCAUCCACAGUCUUGCCCAGGAACUCCAGAUCCAAGCCCACAACUCGCGUCUGGGCCAUAGCCACCCGAUCAACCACUGGACCUGGAUCUGCACCGUCAACAUGGAAAACAGCUUUGCUCGUCUCUUUCGCACUUCCAAAUACGCAUCACUUCAGCCUGCGCAGGUGAUUACAGCCCCAAAGUCCCAGCGCGCUGUCGGUAACUGGGGUCUCAAGCAGGCGCUCCCGAGCGAUCUGAGGGCACAAUACAUCAAGGUCCAGCAGCACGACGACCCCGACACCAAAUCGGCCGUCGUCUCGAUGGCCUCGGACGAGGUCAGCUCGAUCGCCCGAUGGAAGGAGCUCUUCCCGGCACCGGCAAAGCAGCCUCCGGUUUCGCUGCGAUACACAUCGUCAUUAGUCAAGCCGGUGACGGUUGACGACGGGAACGUCAAGAAAGUCACCUUCCAACAGACCGAGGCCCAGCCCCAGCGCAUCAACCUUCGCCGGAUCAGCCACAAGGAGUACCGGGAUCUGGUUGAGAAGGCCCGCCGACUGUCCCCCGAGUGGCGGAAGCAGAUCAAUGCCGGCCUCAAGAGCAGCUCCGAUGGUGUCGACUUUUUGAACAUCACCACCGAGGUCGAAAGCGUGCCUGUUCACCCGCCGGUAUACCACCUCGAUCCCUCGUCAGCCCACCAGGGACGCAUGAUCCCGAUCCCCGUGCGGGGUCGCAUUCUCAACCGCCUGUCGAUCCAGAACAGCUACAGCGUCGGCAUUGCUGGCUUUGUCGCCUACCUGCCGACGUCCAGUGUCGCGGUUGUGUCGCAGUCCAAGUCCGAGGCCAUCUUUUAUGUCGUCGAUGUUGAUUUUGACCACCAGGGACGCCACGUCAUCACAGUCAACGACCGCAAGCCCCCGGAGAUGCGCUCCUCGAGCAGUGCCGAAUUUCUCACCGGCCGAAUCGGCCAGGAUCCUCAGACCGCCGCCCAGAUUCUCAAUCUUGGCAAGAGGCCCUCCAACUGAUUCGCGCUUGCCGGCUUCCUGCAGUCCCACCCGCUCACCUCCCAUCCGCCAGCAUCUCCUGCCGUCGUGCAAAUAAAAGCUCGAUGGUUGUCCCAAUG